AGGCAGAGCCAGAGCGGCGGGAGCCCGAGCCCGCGCAUGCUGCUCCGGGAGCGCGCCGUCCAGGCCGAGCACCGCCGCAGCUUGCCUUCUCUGCGCAGCUGGGAGAAGGGCCGGUGCUGACGAGGACGAGGAUCCCGAGCUCCAAUCCCUAUUCAAGAGCUGCCGGGCUGCCCGCUGCCCCAGUGGGGCUCGGCCCCUCCCGCCACCUGCGUCCCGGUUGAGCCAUGGAUCCUUCGGAGAAGACGAUAUCGGUGUGGAUCUGCCAGGAGGAGAAACUGGUGUCCGGUCUCUCCCGUCGCACCACUUGCUCGGACGUAGUGCGGGUGCUCUUGGAGGAUGGCUGCCAGCGGCGACGCCGGCAGAGGCGAGGCCGGCGGCGGGGCAUAGCUGGCGACCCGCCAGGCCCAGGGGAGCUGCCGGAACCCCUGGACGAGGACGACGAGGACGACGACGCGCUGCCCCAGGGCAUGUUGUGCGGGCCCCCCCAGUGCUAUUGCAUUGUGGAGAAGUGGCGGGGCUUUGAGCGCAUCCUGCCCAACAAGACGCGCAUCUUGCGCCUCUGGGACGCCUGGGGUGACGAGCGAGAGAACGUACGCUUCGUGCUGGUGCGUAGCGAGGCGUCGCUGCCCAACGCGGGACCCCGCAGUGCCGAGGCGCGCGUUGUGCUCAGUCGCGAGCGCACCUGCUCCGCCCGGGGCGUCCCGGCGCGGCCCAGCCUGGCCCUGACCCAGGAGAAGCAGCGACGGGUGGUGCGGAAGGCGUUCCGCAAGCUGGCCAAGCUCAACCGGCGGCGCCAGCAGCAGCCGUCGUCGCCUUGCUCGUCCACUUCCUCGUCUACAGCCUCAUCCUGUUCGUCGUCGCCGCAGGCCGCCGAGAGCGCGUCGGUGGAGCGCAUGGAGACGCUGGUGCAUUUGGUGCUCUCCCAGGACCACACCAUCCGUCAGCAGGUGCAGCGGCUCCGGGAGCUGGACCGAGAGAUUGACCGCUACGAGGCCAAGGUGCAUCUGGACCGCAUGCGGCGGCACGGAGUGAACUACGUGCAGGACACCUACUUGGUGGGCGCAGGCAUCGAGCUCGACGGGCGCGGCCCGGGAGAGGAGCCGGCGGCGGCGACAGCGGCGCCGGCCCUGGACGGCGAGGCUCAGGCGGUCGAGCUGGAGGAGCUGGCCCAGCGCUGCGACGACCUGCUGCGGUUGCAGGAGCAGCGGGCCCAACAGGAGGAGUUGCUCGAACGCCUCUCAGCCGAAAUCCAGGAGGAACUGAACCAGAGGUGGAUGCGGAGGCGCCAGGAGGAGCUCGCAGCGCGGGAGGAGCCCCCGGAGGCUGAUGGCGGCCUCGACGGUGAGCUGCUGCUGGAGCGGGAGCGGGUCAGGACGCAGCUCAGCACCAGCCUCUACAUCGGGCUCCGGCUCAACACGGACCUUGAGGCCGUCAAGUCGGACUUAGAUUACAGCCAGCAGCAGUGGGACAGCAAGGAGCGCGAGCUACAGGGCCUUCUCCAGACUUUGCACUCGUUGGAGCUGACGGUAGUUCCCGAUGGGACUCCAGUCUCGAGCGGUCCCUCGCAGGAACCCCGGCCUCAGGCCUGCGCAGAGGUGUGGGUGGACCAGGCCCGCGGACUGGCCAAGAGCUGUCCUGGUAACGACGAGGACUCGGAUACCGGGCUGAGCUCCAUGCACAGCCAGGACUCGGACUCGGUGCCUGUGUGCGAAUCCCUUGUGUAGGAGGAGCAGAGCGGGGAGAGGGAGACGGCCGAUUCUCCCUUCUUUGUAGGAAGCACCGGCUUGACCGGCUCAGGGACUUGAAACCAGGCGGGGAGUGGGCCCGGACCUUCUGCCGGGCAGCAGCGCUCUGACUGGGCGGGGGAGGGCAGGGGACGCCUGCUCGGCAGCGGCGCUCCUCUGGCCUUGGAGUGAAUGUGGAGGAUGAUAACCAGACGAGGAAGCAGGGUCUCCAUUACAAGGUCUUUCAGGGGAAGAAAGGAGGGAGGAGGUGAGAACCCCCUUAUGUUGGAAAACAAAUGCUCCAGGAAGUUGACGUGGUCCGAGCCCAUUUUCCAAAAAAACAACAAAAAGAGUAUCAUGGAGAUUUCACCAAUCUUUUGUAUGGGAAGGACUGAUGGCAGCUAGAACUUUAGUUUGUGGUAUAAAGUACUUUUUAAAGAAACACUUGGAUGAAAAGGAAAUUCCUUGAAUGUUAAUUGUGACUGUGAACAUGUUAAAACUAGCCAAAGAGGA